GAACGCGAUCUCUCAAUAAACCCACCAAUCUCUCUCUCUCUCUCUCUCUCUACAGCCAACAACCGAGGGAGAGAAGGAAGGAAAGUUCAUCGUCCUUCCUCAGCUUCUCCGGCCACAGUUUCGCCGUCAGUGUGUAGCUUCUUUCAUUUUCUUGCCGGAAUCCGGUGCUCUUCACCUCGCUGUCAUCAUCUCGUCUCCCGGAUUCCGCAGGUUAUUUCCAUUUUUUGUUUGUUUUCGUCCGUUCCCGGUGCUGCUUAGGCCGUAUGCAAUCGGAAUCCAGGUCGAUGAAGGUCUCUCCGUUGGAGCUUAUGUCGGAGAUAGUCAGGAAGGCGAUGGAUCCGUCGCAGGAAUCGUCCGAGUCGGUUAAGGAAGUUGCUGCUCUAAUAUUGGAGAACAGAGAGUUCGUCAUGAUCUUGACUACCUCGCUCGCGGUCCUGAUCGGCUGCGUUGUGGUUCUUGUUUGGAAGAGAUCCAGCGGUCAGAAGACUAAACCGUUCGAGCCACCUAAGCAGUUGAUUGUCAAAGAGCUGGAGCCUGAAGUCGACGAUGGCAAGAAGAAGGUCACUGUCUUUUUCGGCACGCAGACUGGCACCGCUGAAGGUUUUGCAAAGGCUCUAUCUGAGGAGGCAAAAGCUCGAUAUGAGAAGGCGACUUUUAGAGUGGUUGAUUUGGAUGACUAUGCAGCCGAUGAUGAUGAGUACGAGGAGAAGUUGAAAAAAGAAACUUUAGCUAUUUUCUUCUUGGCUACGUAUGGGGAUGGUGAGCCAACGGAUAAUGCGGCAAGGUUCUAUAAAUGGUUUUCUGAGGGGAAGGAGAAGGGAGAUUGGCUUUCGAAUCUUCAGUAUGCCGUAUUUGGCCUUGGUAACCGGCAAUAUGAGCAUUUCAAUAAGAUUGCAAAAGUGGUGGAUGAACAGCUUGCUGAGCAGGGUGGAAAGCGUCUUGUCUCAGUGGGUCUAGGAGAUGACGAUCAGUGCAUUGAGGAUGAUUUCACUGCUUGGCGUGAAGCAUUAUGGCCUGAGCUCGACAAGUUACUUCGAGAUGAGGACGACUCUACAACUGUUUCUACCCCAUAUACUGCUGCUGUAUUGGAGUAUAGGGUUGUAUUCUACGAUGCUGCAGAUGUACCAGGAGAGGACAAGAGAUGGGCUUUUGCAAAUGGUCAUGCUGUUUAUGAUGCUCAACAUCCAUGCAGGGCUAAUGUGGCCGUGAGAAAGGAACUUCAUACUCCUGCAUCAGACAGGUCCUGCAUCCAUCUGGAGUUUGAUAUUUCUGGCACUGGGCUGACAUACGAAACAGGAGAUCAUGUGGGUGUUUUAUGUGACAAUUUGGAGGAAACUGUAGAGGAGGCUAUUCGUUUAAUUGGUCUGUCACCUGAAACAUAUUUCUCUAUUCAUACUGAUAAUGAAGAUGGCUCACCGUUAAGUGGAAGCUCAUUGCCACCACCUUUUGCACCUUGCACUUUAAGGACUGCAUUGACUCAAUAUGCUGACCUUUUAAGUUCACCCAAGAAGUCUGCCUUGGUUGCUCUAGCUGCUCAUGCUUCUGAUCCAGCAGAAGCUGAUCGAUUGAGGCAUCUUUCAUCACCUGCUGGAAAGGAUGAGUAUGCUCAAUGGAUAACUGCCAGUCAGAGAAGUCUCCUUGAAGUUAUGGCUGAAUUUCCAUCUGCAAGGCCACCCAUCGGUGUCUUUUUUGCAGCAGUUGCCCCACGCUUGCAGCCUAGAUAUUACUCUAUAUCAUCUUCUCCAAGGAUGGCUCCGUCUAGAAUUCAUGUAACUUGUGCAUUGGUCUAUGACAAAACACCAACAGGAAGAAUUCACAAAGGUGUAUGUUCCACUUGGAUGAAGAAUGCUGUUCCACUAGAGGAGAGCCAAGCAUGCAGUUGGGCGCCCAUCUACGUGAGGCAAUCUAACUUCAAACUUCCCACGGAUUCUAAAGUGCCCAUUAUCAUGAUUGGUCCUGGAACGGGAUUGGCUCCAUUCAGGGGGUUCUUGCAGGAAAGGUUAGCUCUGAAAGAAGCUGGUGAAGAAUUAGGACAUUCCAUACUGUUUUUUGGAUGCAGGAACAGGAAAAUGGAUUACAUCUAUGAGGAUGAGCUGAACAACUUUGUUGAAACUGGUGCACUUUCUGAGCUGAUUCUUGCUUUCUCACGCGAGGGGCCGACUAAGGAAUAUGUGCAGCAUAAAAUGGUUGAAAAGGCUGCGGAUAUCUGGAAUCUAUUAUCUCAGGGAGCUUACAUUUAUGUUUGUGGUGAUGCUAAGGGCAUGGCUAGAGAUGUCCACCGGACUCUUCAUAACAUUGUGCAAGAACAGGGAUCUCUUGACAGCUCAAAGGCUGAGAGCAUGGUUAAAAAUCUUCAAAUGAGUGGCAGGUAUCUCCGUGAUGUGUGGUAAAAAAAUUUACAUUCGUGCAAGCUUUGGAAGGGUUGAGAAAUAUGGGGAAAAAAGUAAUUAUCUUUGUCAACUAAAUGAAUUUCUUUAUUAAAAAAAGAAAAAGAUAAAAGAAGGCUGCGCCUUCCAGUGCUUAUUUGAAGGGUAAGUUUGGAUAAGCUGCUGCUCAUUUUUAUGGCAGAUAGGUCUGUGAUUCUUUAUCAACUCUCGCCUUUAUACAAAAGGAUUCUUUGGUUCUUGUAAUUUAUAGACAUAAUAAGUAUGAUGAUGAUGAGUAGGAAAAUAGUUCAUGGACUCCUGAUUUCCCCUGUAAGAGCCAACAAAGAUGGUUCAAAAUAUUGACACAGACUCCUGUAAUUGUCACCUUAUUAUAUAUAGUUUUAUAUAUUAAGGUUUAAUUUGGUCCUGCAUAA